CGUGCCCUUGCUCCUCCCUCCCUCUCUCUCUCUCUCUCUCUCUCUCUCUCUCUCUCUAUCGCUUUGCCGCUGCUCUCAAUAAAUCUGCCCCGCAAGUCUCCUUCACACAAAAUCUCAUAGAAAAGCAUCUCCUCCUCCCCGCGUCUCGUCUAUCCGCCUCCUCGUUAUCUCCGAGAAGGAAACCUCCAGCCCACAAUCCCACAGGUGGACUGUGUACUAUGGUUCUGUUGCACAUCGAGUCCUCCGAUUGAUGGUUGCCCGCUUGAACUGAUUGGUUAAUUACGCUCUCUGGGAUAUAAUUUACUUAACGAGAAAAUGGACCGCAAGGAUACUUCGGGUUUUGUUAGCGGGGGAUGUGGGUGCUUCUCUGGUUUCUAACUUUUAGUUUUGAACUAACUUAGCUAACUCUACGUUAUCCCGGAAGUCAGACAGGCUGUUAAUCUCUGCACUUGAGUAAGGUUUGAGCUAUUUUCCAUUUAUUUGGUCUUCUGCGCAAUGGAUCCGCAUUACCAGAAUUUGGCCAAUUUCCGAUCCCAUCCAUUCAAGAUGACGAGCAAUCUGAUGCAUAAUGGAGCUGCGGAGUCCAUGAUACAAAUCGAACCCCUCGGCCUUCCUUUUCCUCGAUUACAGAUGUCAAGUGGUGUGAAGCGGAAGUUUGGGUUGAUCUAUGGGGCUGAAGGUCAGCAUAUUGGAUCUUCACUGUCUCUCGGGCUGGGUCAUUCAUUGAGCUCUUCAGACAGCAAGGGGAGCUCCGCAACUGUUUGCACUGUGGCUUCUUCCUCUAAGGAAACCGAUGCGGAGUCCUCAAGGGAUUUCGGGUUUGAAUUUGACCUCAAUCUUGGUUAUGAGAAGAUACCAGCUCUGGAGAAGGAGAAACCCGCUUCCCUCCCUGAGAUUGACCUGGAGCUGAGCCUCUAUACUGGGUCACCUGAAUCAGAGAUCACUGAGAUUAGCUCCGGCCCACCAACAGUUCAAGUCAGGAAGGAAUUGAUGCCUCCACUGCCUACAGCGCAUAUGUUUCAGAACCUGUCUUCUUCUAGUGCUGGGACGACAACAAGUAGUACAGUCUCCUGCACUUCCGGGAUAACAAAAAAGCUCCGAAGUAGUAAUACUAAAACAUGUCAGGUUGAGGGAUGCAAGAAAGGAGCAAGAGGGGCAUCAGGUAGGUGCAUUUCUCAUGGUGGUGGCCGCCGUUGCCAGAGGACUGGCUGCCCUAAAGGGGCAGAGGGACGUACCCCCUACUGCAAAGCCCAUGGAGGUGGCCGCCGCUGCGAGUACCUUGGCUGCACCAAGAGUGCAGAGGGCCGUACUGACUUUUGUAUCGGCCAUGGGGGCGGGCGGCGAUGCGGCCACGAUGGCUGCACGAAGGCCGCGAGAGGCAAAUCGGGGCUUUGCAUCCGCCAUGGUGGCGGCAAGAGGUGCCGCAAGGAUGGCUGCAGUAGGAGUGCAGAAGGCCUCUCCGGUCUAUGCAUCUCCCAUGGGGGAGGGCGGCGUUGCCAAUUCCCAGGGGGUUGCUCGAAGGGAGCCCAGGGGAGCACAGCCUUCUGCAAGGCGCAUGGGGGCGGAAAACGAUGCACGUACCCAGGUUGCGGGAAGGGGGCUGAGGGGAGCACCCCAUUCUGUAAGGGGCACGGAGGAGGAAAGAGGUGUUUGUUUGAGGGAGGAGGGGUCUGCACCAAGAGCGUGCAUGGGGGAACGAACUUCUGUGUUGCCCAUGGGGGAGGCAAGAGGUGCGCCGUGCCCGAGUGCACCAGGAGUGCAAGGGGAAAGACUGCAUUUUGCGUCAGGCACGGAGGAGGCAAGAGGUGCACUGCUUCUGGGUGCGAGAAGAGUGCUCAGGGGAGCACCGACUUCUGCAAGGCACACGGUAGCGGAAAGGGGUGCUCAUGGGGCCACUCUAGGAACAUAGGGGACGUGCCUUGCACUGCAUUUGCUCGGGGAAGGACUGGCCUCUGUGCACUCCAUAACAGCGUGGUGCAGGAUAAGCGUGUCCAUGGCGGUGCUGUCGUGGCUCCCAUCGUGGGGGAGCUGGUGGUCAAGCGGCCCCGGAAGACUAAUGAGUCCGCUUUGACUGCUGAUGAUGCGAGCAUGGACCUGACAAGCAAUGCCUCUGAUGCCAUGACUGGCUUCGAAUUCCAGAGCUCCUCUCAGUAUAAUGCUAGGGAAAGUGGUUUCUUCCCUGCCGUGUCGCAAGUUACAGUCCCUGAGGGAAGGGUGCAUGGCGGGAGCUUGAUGGCUAUACUAAAUGGUGGCUCUAGUCUCGGUCAUCCUGACAGCAAGGAAUCGCCCAUGACGCCUCAGGCCUGGAUAUGAAGCGCGUCUCACCCUCUCCCUCUCUUCAGAUCAGCGUGGUGGUCGGAGCCUGCAUCUAUUGCAUUUGUUUGCGUCAGGUCUUGUUUGCAGUUGCUUGAUGGGUUCGUGUUAAGUCAUUCAUUCAAAGACAAAUUUGUCUGGGGUUUAGUAUUUGUGGGCUCAGUUAUCAUGUCGUCUGUCCUCUCUGUGUCUCUGUUUGUAAAUAUUUUCGGGUCCCUAUUAUGUUUUUACAUAUUCAAGUGUGCUUGCAUUAAAACAGGUCGGUAUUUGAAAUAUGUGAGGUCGGUCGAUUGUCUGUCUGGCAUUCUGGUGAAUAAUAAUUAUUAAUAAAAAUCUCUCUCUUUAUGUGUUAUUA